AAAAUUUCUUGAAUUGUCAUGGACGUAAGCAGUAAACGACAAACGACAGAUCGAUUGUUUAAUUCAAGUGUCAGAUUUUGUUAUGACUCACAACUGAUAUAAAACGGAAACAAAUAAUUAAAAUAUAUAUUAGAUUAGUUAGUUAAUUAAAAUAAUAAAUAAUGCAGAGCGUAAUUAAUUCAGUAAAAGGAACAGCUUUAGGAGUCGCUGAAUAUCUGACCCCCGUUCUUAAGGAGAGUAAAUUUCGCGAGACAGGCGUUUUAACUCCAGAAGAAUUCGUGGCUGCUGGUGAUCAUUUGGUCCAUCAUUGUCCAACAUGGCAAUGGGCUACUGGUGAUGAAGACAGAACUAAAUCAUAUUUACCUAAAAAAAAACAGUUUUUAUUAACCCGUAAUGUACCGUGUACUCGUAGAUGUAAACAGAUUGAAUACUGUGAUGAACAAGAACGAAUAAUAGAAGCUGAUGAUCCAGAGGGUGGUUGGGUCGAUACCCAUCACUAUGAUGCAAGUGUUGGUGGGAUUGAUGAGAAAGUAUCCGAGAUGACCUUGGAAGAUACGACGCAGCAGCCUCCUGCUAAUGAUGAUGAUGACGAUGAUGAGGAGGAUGAAGAAGCCGCUGAUAUGGAAGCUUUCGAAGUCAGUGGAAUGCUUGAUGAAGAGGACAAGUUUGCAGCUGAAACAAAGAAACCAGUAAAGGAAAAAAAAGAUACCUUUCCUGAAGGAGAAAUAAUUCACACAAGAACUUACGAUCUACAUAUAACUUAUGAUAAAUAUUAUCAGACGCCGCGGUUGUGGCUCUUUGGGUACGACGAGAACCAGAAACCCCUGACUGUUGAGGAGAUGUAUGAAGAUGUCAGUCAGGAUCAUGCCAAGAAAACUGUUACCAUGGAGACUCAUCCCCAUUUACCUGGACCUCCGAUGGCUUCUGUCCAUCCCUGCAGACACGCAGAAGUUAUGAAAAAAAUAAUAGAAACAGUAAUGGAAGGGGGCGGCGAGUUGGGUGUCCACAUGUAUCUCAUAAUAUUUUUAAAGUUCGUUCAAUCCGUGAUCCCGACAAUCGAGUACGAUUACACGCAAAAUUUUAUGCUGUCCAGCUCAAGCUAAAAGUUUAUUUCUUACUGGCAGCUCCCAUUGAUUUCAAAUAAAAUAAUAAAAGACAGUUUA